AUUUAACAAUUUCAUGUUUACGCUUCUGAAUCCUUGCAGGGUAUUAAACUAGCCACUAGCCAUGACUAUUGCUGAUGGAAGUGGAACUCCGCCAACAAGGCUUGAGGGAAAAUAUAAAGCAAUGUUUGUUUGUUGGAUUCUUGGACUUGGGUCCCUUAUUGCAUGGAGCACUAUGCUAAACGUAGGAGAAUACUACUAUAGUUUGUUCCCUAAGAGUUACCAUCCUUCAAGGGUGCUAACCCUUGUCUAUCAACCAUUUGCACUCGGGACAAUGGCGUUACUAGCAUACAAUGAAUCAAAGGUUGAUACUAGAAAGCGGAACAUAGCUGGAUACAUUCUCUUCACUGCAAGUACUUUGAUGCUCUUGGUUCCGGACUUGGCUACAGCAGGCAGAGGAGGAAUUGGACCUUUCCUUGGCAUAUGUGCGAUAGUUGCUGUUUUUGGGGUUUCAGAUGCUCAUGUUCAAGGUGGAAUGGUUGGAGACUUGUCUUUCAUGUGCCCUGAAUUCAUCCAAUCUUUCCUUGCUGGGUUGGCUGCAUCAGGAGCACUGACAUCUGCUUUAAGGUUAAUCACAAAAGCCGCAUUUGAAAAGGCUCGUAAUGGGCUUAGAAAGGGAGUUGUGUUAUUUUUAGCAAUCUCCACUUUGUUGGAGUUUCUAUGUGUUCUAUUGUAUUCAUUUGUCUUCCCUAAACUGCCAAUAGUGAAGUACUACCGCGCAAAAGCAGCCUCAGAAGGAUCGAAAACUGUUUCAGCUGAUCUUGCAGCUGCUGGAAUCCAAACCCAAGAAGAAGCUGACCCCAAGCAACUUGAACGAUUGAGCAAUAAAAAAUUGUACUUAAAAAAUAUUGAUUAUGCAAUUGACCUUUUUCUGAUAUAUGUACUGACAUUAUCAAUUUUCCCUGGGUUCAUAUAUGAAAAUACUGGUGAACACAAGUUGGGAAAAUGGUAUACACUUGUUCUGAUUGCAAUGUACAAUGUUUGGGAUCUCAUAUCAAGAUUCAUUCCCCUGGUGGAACGCUUGAAAUUAGAGUCUAGAAAGGGCCUCAUGAUUGCUGUUCUUUCACGUUUUCUACUCAUUCCCGCAUUUUACUUCACUGCAAAAUAUGCUGAUCAGGGAUGGAUGAUUAUGUUCACAUGUUUUCUGGGACUAACAAAUGGUUAUCUCACUGUGUGUGUCCUCACAGUUGCACCCAAAGGUUACAAUGGACCUGAACAGAAUGCCCUGGGUAAUUUUCUUGUUGUGUUCUUGUUAGGCGGCAUAUUUGCGGGGGUUUCUCUUGAUUGGCUGUGGCUUAUGGUUAACAAUUCAUUCUGAGGAGCCAUUUCUGAUGAAGAGAAGAUGAAGUCGCAUUGGAAACAAUAGGUUCGCUUUCCCAAUAUUAGAAUUGACUGUAAAGAUGAAUUUCAUUUUCUGUCCCGUCGCCCCUGGACAUCAAUACAUGGUUGAGUGCCUGAGUUUCUCUUAAACCAGUGACAUCUCAGUUACUUGUGAAUUCAAAAGGCUUGUUAAUGGUAAUAUUUUUCCUGUUACUUUGGACUCGAUUUAAGAAAUCAUAGAUUAAUAGCAUUGAAUAGUAAUACUCUUUCCUUCUCAUAGAAAUAAAUUUAUUUUUAUUUUCAUAUAA